UGAGCACACGCACCAAGGUGCUGGUAGAGACACGCUGCCUGACGCGCACACACCCCCACUCAGGACUCCGUACCACGCAAACUCCGACACAAAUGGAUAUUUCCGUGGCUUUGUUAUACCUCGUCCUUUUUUCCAAACCAGCUUUGGCUUUUGGGUCGGAUCAAGACUACCAGAUUGAUAUCAUCAAUGAAUUUGAUUUGGCAAAUGCCACCUAUGGAAUUACCCAAGUGGCGGGACUUCACAACAGCAGCAAGGCCUUCAUUUUCCGAGAUGUUGGGAGAGCAGUUCAAGCACCGGCGCACAUUACAGAGAAAGUCGUGCAGCUAUUCAAGAGGAAAAGUGAAUUCACCUUUCUGGCCUCCAUCCAGCAGAAGUCUUCGACAUCCGGCGUCAUAUUCUCCAUCCAUGAGUCAGAACACAGCUACUUUGAACUGGAGAGCAGCGGCGUUCGAGAGGAGAUCCGUUACCACUACCGCUUCAAGGGCAAGCCCCGCUCCGAGUCCUUCCCCUACCGCCUUGCCGACGGCCAGUGGCACAAAAUUGCCCUCACUAUAAGCUCCUCCCAUCUACUCUUGCACGUCGAUUGUAACAGGAUUUACGAGCGAGUUAUAGACCCGCCUCAGAUGGAGCUCACCCCGGGCAGCGGAGUCUGGCUGGGACAGCACAGCCACAAGCACGGCUUAUUCAAGGGCGUUAUCCAGGAUGUGAAGUUGAUAUUUGCUCCCAACGGCUACAUCACCCAAUGUCCAAACCUCAAUCGCACCUGCCCAACCUGUAGCGACUUCCUGAGCUUAGUGCAGGGCAUUAUGGACCUGCAGGAUUUACUCGCCAAGAUGACCCUGAAGUUAAACUACGCAGAGUCCAGGCUGACCCAGCUGGAGGGAUGCCACUGCGAGAAGACGUGCAGCGCCAACGGCCUGGUCUACAGGAAUAAGGAGCUCUGGGUGGAGCCGGAAAAUUGCAGGAACUGUGCAUGUAAGAACGGCGUUGUGGAGUGCCGCCGGAUUUUCUGUCCUCCUACGAAUUGCUCCGAAGACUCAUUGCCUGUACAUGUGGAUGGGACGUGCUGUAAGAAAUGCAGGCCAAAAUGCAGAUACGUGGGCAAGGUCUUCUCCCAGGGGCAGCGCUUUUUGUCCAGGAGCUGCAGGGAAUGCAAGAACGGCUUGAUGGUGAAAGUUUCAGAAACAUGUCCACAGCUCAACUGUUCUGACAAUGAACAGAUCUUAAGGGAUGGGAGAUGCUGCAAUGUUUGCCAAGGUUACGACUUCUGCUCAGAGGGGAUCAUCUGUGGAGACAACUCUGAAUGUAAAAAUCGGAAUACCAAAGCGGAGUGUGAAUGCAAGAGCGGCUACGCCUCUAUUCACGGGGAUUCUACUUACUGCGAAGAUAUUGAUGAGUGUGCGACCCAGAUGCACUACUGCCAGACCAACAGUGUGUGUGUCAACCUGCCGGGCAGCCAUCGCUGUGACUGUUUGCCAGGCUUCACCCGAGUGGAUGAAUAUUCCUGCACCGAGCAUGACGACUGUGCCAGCGGCCAGAACUCAUGUGACGAGAACGCCAUCUGCACCAACACCAUUCGAGGACACCUGUGCACCUGCAAGCCUGGCUACGUCGGGAACGGCACCAUCUGCAGGGCGUUCUGUGAAGACGGGUGCAGGAGCGGCGGGACGUGUGUGUCUCCCAACACUUGUGUUUGUCCUUCAGGAUUCACAGGACGCUAUUGUGAAACAGAUAUCGACGAGUGUGCAGAGGGUCUGAUUGAGUGUCACAACCACUCCCGCUGUGUCAACUUACCCGGCUGGUACCACUGUGAAUGCAGAACCGGUUUCCAUGACAAUGGCUCCUAUUUGCUGGAUGGGAGCUCCUGCAUGGAUGUGGACGAGUGCAGUUUGCAGACGCACAGCUGCUGGAAUGACAGCGUGUGUGUGAACCUACCAGGAGGCUACGACUGUGUGUGCACAUCAGGUCCAGGAUGCACUGGAGACUGUCCACAGGAGGAAGGGGUCAGAAGGAACAGAGAAGACUGGAAAGCCAGCUUUGACCUGUGCACCAUCUGCUCCUGCAAGGAUGGCCGGACAUAUUGCAGAAGGAAACCGUGCGACUGUGGCGACCCGCAGGAGGAUCUGUUCUGCUGUCCCAGUUGUGACAACAGGCCCAGCAGCCAGUGUCUGGACCAGAGUGGUCGCACACUCUACCGCAGCGGAGCAUCCUGGCUCUACGGAUGCCAGCAGUGCCGCUGCAUGGAAGGGGAGGUGGACUGCUGGCCUCUGGUUUGUCCGGCGCUGACGUGCGAGUACACGGCGGUGGCCGAGGGCGAGUGCUGUCCGCGCUGCGUGGCAGACCCCUGCUUGGCUGACAACCUGUCCUACGACAUCCGGCAAACGUGCCAGGACCCCGCGGGCAUCGCCCGUCUCAGCGGAGACACAUGGCGGAUGCCCAAGUCGCCCUGCACCAGCUGCACGUGUAAAAAUGGAAACGUUUGCUGUUCGGUGGAUCUCGACUGCCUUCACAACAACUGAAGAGCCGCUUCCCCGCCGCCUCUUUUCUCUCGCCUCCUCGCCCUGACUCCUACUCUCUCGCCACAGGCUCGCGGCGCCCUUCCACCCCCUUUUUCUCCCGUUAGACAACGGAGGAUUUUUUGACAGACUCUUGCACAGUCUUGUGCAUGUCAUUGUGUGCACAGAGAAUACAAACACGCGCUGGUUGAGAUGCGGAGUCCCCCCCCCCACCC